AUCUAACGUUGCGACCAUCCGUCCGUCCCCUCCAUACCACCAAACCAAGCAGAAGCACAACAAGCAGUCCUCACCCCAAGCUGGAGGCCCACCACCGCUGCGCAAUCCCUAACCCAAGUAUCAUCCAGUGGUACAAAGAGAAGAAAUGGAGCAAACUUUGGAUGUAUGUAGAUUGUCGAGACCACCAAUGCCAAUGGCCCAACAACAUAUGGAUGAAUUUUGGAGGGAUCGGCAAAAAGAUAUUGAGACGACAAAGGACUUUAGUGAGCACGUGAUCCCUAUGGCCCGUUUAAAGAAGAUUGCAUCUUCCCAAAAGGGUAACAUGAUGAUGACCUUUGACAUGCCAGCAUUCUUGUCAAAGAUGUGUGAGCUCUUUGUACAAGAGCUUGCUAUCCGUGCAUGGGCAUGUGCUCAAUCCCAUAACCGUUGCAUCAUACUAGACAUUGAUAUUGCUGAAGCCAUUGCCUCCAUAGAGUCUUAUGACUUUCUUGUUGAUAUCCUCCACAAUCAUCGUGCAAAGUACAACUCAACUCCUUGUUCAGUGCCUACUACAAAGCGUUGUAGGCUAGUUGAUCAGCCUUCCAUAUCUCACCUUCCCCAACAACACCAGCGGCCACAAUUUGCUCCAACAUAUACUUCGACCAUCCCUAUGACUCCCAAUUUAAUGCCACCAAUAUCUCAUUAUAGACCAGCCUUGUUUUCAUCCUUACCACAAGAAGUGUCUGUGUUGAUGGCACCCACACCCAAUGUGAAUGGAUCAAUGUUGCUUGUCCACAACAUAGCAAAUGGUUUGGGCUUACAAGGAAACAACAUCAACGUAGUCACCAACAAUAACGUCACAGACAAUACUAUUGACUCUAGUGCACUUCUUUCAACUACAAAUAGUCCUACUUUGCUAGAAUCUUCAGGGGCACUACUAAGAACCCCAAAUUAUGACUCCUACAUAUGUAUGAUGGGUAUGAUCAACUCUAGUGAUGCCAGUGGAUCUGGUACAAGCAAUGUUGUUGUUGCUAACCAAACAAGUCUUGCCCUCCCUGGCCAUUUUGAUCCCACCAUCAUCCUGGAGUCCCUGUGCCCUUCGUUCUUACCUAGGGACAACGAUGACAUGAUUGUUGCUAUGCUGGAGGAUGCACACAAUAGCAACACAAUGUGUGUUGCUAAUGAUGUUGUUAAUGAUACUGCUAUGGUUUUGAAUGGUCAACAAGAUCAACAUGAGAGAGAAACUAAUGCUGAGUGUGAUGAUCAAAACGAGAUAUAUGGAAACAUUGAUGUCGAAACAAUCAACGCUACUACCACAGAUGGUAAUAAAUGCAGUAUUAGCUGGGAUGAAUUGGGUAUGGCCGAUGAUUCGUUGCUAGAGACAUUUUUGGAGGAGCUUCAAUUAAGAAAGGACGAUGCUUUGGACACCGGGAUUGCACUGGACAAAAAUUCACACUUUGAUGAUAUCGUUUGGUCAAAUCCAAGCACUAGUAAUGGAAACAAAUAAAGGAGCUGACAAGUCUUUAUUUAUAUCUUUGUGUAACAAUUAAGUUGUAAACCUUUGAUAUGAUUUCUUUCGUAUAGUAAGAAAAAAGUGCUUGAGUAUUUAUACCAUAGUACAAUCCCGCUUACCAUCAUAUACUAGUUGGAUGAAGUUGGAAGUCAAACAAAUGCUAUAGCUUUAAUGAAAAAUAGAGUGAAGUAAGGUAGAGCUCUCGAAAAGAAGAAUUAAAUUGUUGAAUUGAAGCGGCAUUAGAGUAGCUAUGCAACUC